GUGGAAGUGAAUGCUGUAGAGGUCACGGGUAUGAGUAAUGUUUCUGUGACACCUCAGCUUUCUCUGCGGACUUUACGGCGGAAAUCCUGGCUCCAAGGACAGGAAAACAGCCUAGGGUCUAUCACACACUAAGACACAGCACAUCUGCAUGCCCUCAGCUCAGCUGUCCAGGAAACAAAAAUCCUUACGGAGCAUCCCAAUCCCCCCCUCGUGCCCUAUCAGCUCCUGAUAUGUCCUGAGAGAUACAAAACAGACAUUAAACCCCCACACCAUCCACCCCAACCAAAGUAAACACGGCCCAGCAGGACUAAAGAAGGUGAUUUUGGAGAGAACGGACAAUUAGCUCGAUUUGUCUGAAAAGAAAAACUGGAUUUACACCCGAUUUCACCCACGUGGAUUACACCCGAAGGGCCGAUGAAUGGCAAGAUGAGUCUUUCCCGUAACGGGACCCUGGAGAAACCUGUUGCCCAGCAGCCAUCUUUUGAACGGGGGGAGCCUGAAUCCCCUCACCCUCGUCUUCACACUGGCUCCAUCUCCUCAAGCACUCCAGUAAAUGCUUCCAGCUCAGGGGUGGUGGUUCCUCCUCCAUACUCGAUAGCAGGCAGUGCUGUGAAUGAUCCUCCUCUGGAGCUGAGAGGCUCUUUAGACUGUUGGGCUUGUUCUGUUCUGGUGACGGCUCAGAAUCUGAUCAUCGCUACGGUCAACAUCGGUCUGGCUGGAAUUGUCUUUGGAGUCAUCCUCUUGCCGUCACUUGUCAUGGUUGUUUUUGGCUUCCUUUGCCAUUCGACGGUUCAGCGCCAUGGCAGUUCCACCUACUGUUCAGAUCUCUUGGAUGAUGGAGGCUGUGUGGCUUUGCUGGUUGUGGGCUUUCUACUGCUUGCACCGCUUCUGGUUCUAGCACUCGCCGCUUACUGCAGGAUGGCACGACACCUCCAGCUGGGCCUUUGCUUUAUCCCCUACAGCCGAGCCGUCUACAAGAACCUGCCUGCAUCACGUCAUCGAGGAUUAGGGGGCUGCUGUGGCCAGCAGGGGUCAGGAGAGAGCGAGGGAAAGGGAAGCGUUUGGGUCUGA